CCCCCCUUUCAGGUUCGAUGGGAAAUUUAGAGCCGGUUCUGUCUUCCCCCCCAUGGUCCAAAUUUGUGUGUGGUUUAACCGUCCUUUGGAGAAAAUGCGCUUUGCGGCCAAAUGUAAAGCGUUGAAGUCAUCCAACAAAUCGAGUCCGUUCUCUGGAAACAUCUACCACAUUUUUGGCAAAGUCAAGUUUUCAGAUUCGGACCGGACGGUCGAAGUAUGUCACCAUGCAUUUUCCAACACCUUAAGCCUGGUACCUGUCCAGGAGGGGCCCCUCCCUUCCCCUCCCGAGUCCAGAACUGAGAACCGGGAUUAUUCGGGAUCUCAGGAAAGCUUCUUGGUGUUUGUGGGAUGUUCUCUCAAAGAAGAUGACAUGAAGGACUGGCUCAGGCAGACGGCCAAACAGGUGAGACCACAAAGAAAAGCUCUGAAGACUCGGGGCAUGUUGACGUCUCAGGAGAUCAAGAACAUUCACGUAAAACGGCACCUGGAUCCACUUCCCGCUGGCUACUUCUACAAUGGAACGCAGUUUGUGAAUUUCUUUGGCGACAAAAUGGAUUAUCAUCCAUUAAUGGACCAGUUCAUGAACGAUUACUUGGAAGAGGCGAACCGAGAGAUUGAAAAGUACAACAGGGAGCUGGACAACCAAGAAUACCACGAUCUCUUCGAGCAGAAGACCUAAGCUGGGAGCCCUGUGCGGUACAGAAAAAAAAUACCAGGGACCUCCUUUACCUUCUGAAAAUUUUAAUUUGUCACCAAGAAAACAUCUUUGUUUCAUCUUGGCCUAGCUUUACAGCUGCUUUUUCCUUUUUUUAAAAAAAAAUAUUUAAGUUGCAUUCACAUUAGCUUGUCACCUUAAAAUGUGAUAACGGUCACAGUAUAAUAUUUUUGUGUUGUCGAGUAACCUAGAUCAGGGGUCUUGAACCUGGGCAACUUUAAGACUUGUGAACUUCAAUUCCCAGAAUUCUGGGAGUUGAAGUCCACAAGUCUUAAAGUUGCCCAGGUUUGACACCCCUGAUCUAGAGCACAUUAAUGGGAAAAGCGAUGUCGGGGUUUUACAUUUCAAGUGUUUACGGAGCUAUAUUUCCUGCAUCGUUGAAAUGUUGCUUUUCUCACGUUUCCCAAAACACUUUUGCUGUUUAGUGACCAAGAGAAAUCAGGGUCUGUUCCUGAGGGAAAUGCAUCUGGAAAAUGCUGAUUUGGGACCAUAGCCCGAAAGCGAGAUGUAAAUGACCUUGAGAGCUGUCCCAAACCAACAUAUCAUGGUUUGAAGGUGUUCCUAGCGCGAGAAAUGAGGGAACUGUUUUGAAAGGCUGUGCCUGUUUUUAAAGGCUGCGACUAAUCAAUAUGGCGGUUGGGCGAUGUUCCCGAAGCGAGAAAUGGGGAAACACAAGUGGUCUUGACAGUGCCUCAAACAAACAUAUCCUGGUUUGAAGAUGUUCGCAAAAUGAAAAAUGUGGGAGCACAAAUAAUCGGUGCCCCAAACCAGCAUAUCAUGGUUUGAAGAUGUUCCUAAAGCGAAAAAUGGGGGGGCAGGGGCAGACAUAAUUGUCCUUAGGGACUUCUGCUAACCAACAUGGUGGUUUGGUUGGUGUUCCCAAAGCAAGAAAUGAGAGAACACAAGUGAUACUGAUGGUGCCUCAAAC